UGGUUUUCAAACAUAUUGUUUUCCCAUUAUCAUUUCGAACACUUGAUGCAAAUGAUAAAACGAGAUGAAUUUGUCUUCAAUGAAAAUUCCAUUUUAUUCAUCAAAAAAUUUUAUUCAUCCAUUUAUCCUAAAACGUUUGGGAUUAUGUUCGAAUCAACUAAAUCGAAAUAUACAUUACGAACGAAAUAUACCGAAAACAUUGGAUGAAUUUAAACAAUUUCAAUUUAAACCAAAUGAACAACCUGAAAAUGCUCGAUCAUUACGUAUUGCUAUUAUUGGUUGUCCUAAUGCUGGAAAAUCAACAUUAAUGAAUCAUUUGAUUAAUUGGAAAAUCAGUUCAGUUUCAUCUAAAGUUCAUACAACAAGAAAAAAUGUUAUCGGAAUUUAUGUUGAAAAUAAUACACAAUUAGAAUUUAUUGAUACACCGGGUUUAGUGAGCAGAAAACAUAUGAUGCGACAUAAAUUAGAACUUUCAUUUAUAAAUGAUUUAAAAAUCUCUGCACAAUAUGCCGAUAUUAUUGCAAUAAUUGCCGAUGUUUCGAAUCGACGUGAACGAUCCAGAUUAAAUCCCGGAAUUCUUGAUAUUCUACAACAAUAUCAAAAUGAUGAAAAUAAAGAAUCAUUAUUGAUUUUGAAUAAAGUGGAUAAAAUUCGUGAUAAACGAAGUUUGUUGGAUAUUAUUUCCACUUUAACGACUGGAAUUGUUGAUGGUCAACCUGUUAGUAAAUCAAAUGUUGAUGAAGAUAUGCUUCGAGCUGAAUUAAAACAAGGAAAAUUUGAUACUUUAUUUCAACGAACAGAAAAAUAUUAUAAUUAUCAAGAUAAAAAUACCGAAAUUCAAUCGAACACAGAUAUUGUUCAUAAUGGAAUUGGAUGGCCAAAAUUUUCAAGAAUAUUUAUGAUUUCUGCUCUUCAUGAUGAUGGUAUAGAACAAUUAAGAAAUUAUUUCAUUCAAAAAGCUAAAGAAAAAUCAUGGUUUUAUAAUGGUAAUGUUGUUACCAUACAAAAUCCAAAACAAAUCAUAAUCGAUACUAUACGUGAAACUUGUUUAGAAUUAUUUAAUCAAGAAAUUCCAUAUAAUUUUCGUUAUCAGAUUGUUAUGUGGGAACAAGAUGAUAUUGGUAAUUUAUAUUUAGUUGUUGAUAUUCUGUGUCCGGAAAAAUUUCUAACACUUUUAAUCGGACCAAAAGGUUUAAAUAUUUCAAAUAUUGUAAAAAAAUCAAGAGAAUCAUUAUCGAAUAUAUUUCAUUGUGAUAUAUCAUUAAAAAUUGCAGCAAAAUCAUUUCGUUGAUAAUAAUGAAAUGAAAUUUUUAUGUUCAAAUAAU